AUGAGAAGUACGGACGGCAGAUGCAGACCAGCAACAUCAAGAUGGAAAGGAUCAACUUGGGAAUCCAAGAAGUCUGAAAUGGACAGUACAUCUAGGAACAUAGUGCCUGCUGGCUGCAUAUCAAACAGAAAAAAUUCUGACAGAGGACUCAAGGGCAGCUUGUGCCUCACCAAUGCUCAUACACAGCAGAUUGUUUUGAUCACUGAACUAGCCCCUGAACCAACCCAAUUGCUGAAACAGUUCCAUCGUUGCACCCGGCCCACGGUCAAACCAACUCCAUCGUUGCACCCGGCCCACGGUCAAACCAACUCCAUCGUUGCACCCGGCCCACGGUCAAACCAACUCCAUCGUUGCACCCGGCCCACGGUCAAACCAACUCCAUCGUUGCACCCGGCCCACGGUCAAACCAACUCCAUCGUUGCACCCGGCCCACGGUCAAACCAACUCCAUCGUUGCACCCGGCCCACGGUCAAACCAACUCCAUCGUUGCACCCGGCCCACGGUCAAACCAACUCCAUCGUUGCACCCGGCCCACGGUCAAACCAACUCCAUCGUUGCACCCGGCCCACGGUCAAACCAACUCCAUCGUUGCACCCGGCCCACGGUCAAACCAACUCCAUCGUUGCACCCGGCCCACGGUCAAACCAACUCCAUCGUUGCACCAGGCCCACGGUCAAACCAACUCCAUCGUUGCACCAGGCCCACGGUCAAACCAACUCCAUCGUUGCACCAGGCCCACGGUCAAACCAACUCCAUCGUUGCACCAGGCCCACGGUCAAACCAACUCCAUCGUUGCACCAGGCCCACGGUCAAACCAACUCCAUCGUUGCACCAGGCCCACGGUCAAACCAACUCCAUCGUUGCACCAGGCCCACGGUCAAACCAACUCCAUCGUUGCACCAGGCCCACGGUCAAACCAACUCCAUCGUUGCACCAGGCCCACGGUCAAACCAACUCCAUCGUUGCACCAGGCCCACGGUCAAACCAACUCCAUCGUUGCACCAGGCCCACGGUCAAACCAACUCCAUCGUUGCACCAGGCCCACGGUCAAACCAACUCCAUCGUUGCACCAGGCCCACGGUCAAACCAACUCCAUCGUUGCACCAGGCCCACGGUCAAACCAACUCCAUCGUUGCACCAGGCCCACGGUCAAACCAACUCCAUCGUUGCACCAGGCCCACGGUCAAACCAACUCCAUCGUUGCACCAGGCCCACGGUCAAACCAACUCCAUCGUUGCACCAGGCCCACGGUCAAACCAACUCCAUCGUUGCACCAGGCCCACGGUCAAACCAACUCCAUCGUUGCACCAGGCCCACGGUCAAACCAACUCCAUCGUUGCACCAGGCCCACGGUCAAACCAACUCCAUCGUUGCACCAGGCCCACGGUCAAACCAACUCCAUCGUUGCACCAGGCCCACGGUCAAACCAACUCCAUCGUUGCACCAGGCCCACGGUCAAACCAAUUCCAUCGUUGCACCAGGCCCACGGUCAAACCAAUUCCAUCGUUGCACCAGGCCCACGGUCAAACCAAUUCCAUCGUUGCACCAGCCCCACGGUCAAUCCAAUUCCAUCGUUGCACCAGCCCCACGGUCAAUCCAAUUCCAUCGUUGCACCAGCCCCACGGUCAAUCCAAUUCCAUCGUUGCACCAGCCCCACGGUCAAUCCAAUUCCAUCGUUGCACCAGCCCCACGGUCAAUCCAAUUCCAUCAUUGCACCAGCCCCACGGUCACAUCCAGCAGCAUAUGUCCUUCAGCACAGGUCCUUGA